AUGAGGAAUGCAGAAGAAAGGGUGAAUUUCAAGAAUCAUUUCUUUAAAUUAGGACAAGGAAGAAUUAUACCGAAAGAUCAUCCAGAUUUCUGGAUACAAUUAUGGAUUAGACCAACUUGUUCAGAUGAUAUCUAUGAAUUAUUCACAGCUCAGGAUAUUAGAACGGUUAGAGAUCAUAAUAUUGUCAACUUCUUAUUGUUUAUACGAAUAUUGACGGAAAGAAUUAUCCAAUUAUCCCAAUAUGAUUUAUUGACAACUUCUGAUCUUAAACAGUUGUUAAAUUGCAUUCGUUUCUUGACAAAGUUAUUGCCAUUCUUAUUUGAAUUAUCCAAUUAUCUCAAUGACAUUGAGAUUGAUUUAUUCUGGAAUGAUAAGUUUGAUCCCUUAGAAUAUUUAAAUACACUUCUGCAAAAUGAGGAUGAUGAUAUACAACCGAAACGUACUGUAGAUCCAAGUCAAAUAAACAAUUCAUUGGCAGUUAAGCUCAUCCAAAGCUUAGUUGAUCUAUUAUUCAUAAGAGGUUUCACGAUAGAGUCAUCAACAGUAUCAGCCAAUUCAAAUAAAUUAAAGCAUUUGAUAUUAUGGGAACCUGGAAUUGGUCAUACUUCAAAAUACAAUAAACCAAAUUUAAUUAUAGAAUGCAAUAGACUAGAGGUUUUAAAAUUAUUAACAACUUUAUGUACAAAUAGCUUAUAUACAGCAUCAUUACCUCGUUUAAUUGGUACUGGAUCGAAGUUCCUAACUAUAUUAGUUGCGACAACACCAAGAGUUGAAUUAUUGACUUUAGUAUGUUCCUUAACCAAUCUUGUAUGUCGAUCAUCAAGAAUUUCCGCUAGUGAAAAUGCGUUAGUGAACUCAGAUAGUAUAGAAUUUACAGAAGCUAGACAUUUAUACUUAACCUACGCUUUCCAAUUAUUAGUCUUGAUGAUUGUAUAUCCAUUACCAAAGAAAGAAGAAAUUAUAAUGUUGACGGAAGGAAGCUUAAUAUCAAAAAAACCUUACAAUAUGGCACGAUUAUACAUGGGAAAUAUACAUAAAGACAAUGAAUUAUUAUUCUUGAUAAAUUCAUUACUUAAUAUACUCAGGAUGAAUGAUGCUGAAACAUACACAUUUGUUAAGGCUGGCAAUCAACCUUCAAUAUGGGCAACUGAAACAAUUAUGCUUAUUUGGGAAUUACUUCAAUGUAAUAAACACUUCCGAGAAUUAAUUGGGAAAAAAUUCAUAUCCGAAUUAAUGGUUCUCCUUGUUUACUAUAUUUCGAACUUUUAUUCCGUAGCUGAACAUAAGGAUCUAGUAUCUGUUUGCGCAUAUUUGUUACUUUAUCUUUCUUCAGAACUGGAAAUCUUACAAGAUUUAUAUUUCCCAAUAAGUUCAUCCCUUUAUGAUUCAUUUCCACAACAUUUCAAAUUACCAACUCAUCCAUUCACAACAAGAGAUUUCAUAGUCAGUCAAAUAUGCAAUUUAUUAAUCAAUUCAAUUGCAAGAACAUCAUAUCUUGGAACGAAUAAGCAAGUUCCUGAUUUGGUUUUGAAAGCAUUAGUUGAAAUAUUGUACAAUCUCAUCCCACCAGUUUCAGACCAGACAUGCAAAGUACAUAAUGACAUAUCUCAACGGUUAAACAAUCCAAAUGUACGAGGAGGAUUAUCAUACGCAACAAGUAAUUUGAUUAUUAUGUUACUAUCAAGAUUCCUAAGUCGGACAUUUAUAUUAGAUAAACCAUUUAAUUCAAGUUUAGUUGCAUUAUUAAUACGAGCUAUUGCAAUCACAAUAGUAAAACAUCCAAUUCCAUCACGGAUGUUGCUUUAUGCAAUACUCAAAAACGAAACGGUAUUUGAUGAUUUAAGAAUAAGCAUAGGAAGUUUGAAAGGUGUUUGUUUCAAUGGGAACCAUUUAGAAAAGAUAGAUAAUAGACCUCCACCACCACCACAGAUUUUGCAAGAACCGGUAGUUCAACAACUUAGUCCUAGUCCUACCGCCACACCCCCGGUUAAUCCUACUUUAUCCAUUUCACCAGAAGUUGUCCAUCCACAAAUCCAACCAGUACCUGCCCCACUUAUACGCCAACUUAGUCCUCAAAACAAUGAAGAACUCCCCGUUGCACCAAGCUCCGAAUCAGAAUCGAUAGAAUUAUCAUUAAGACCAAAACCACCAAUCGGGAUGUCUGAGUCCGCGAGAGAGAAAAUGAGAAAACUGUCCCCGAUAACUAAAACAUGGGGUGGGAAUGAAGGAUUAAGAAUCAUCAUAUCUAUAAUCAUUCCCUAUGUGAAAUCAACCUUGAAAAGCAUGCCGAUAGAAGAGAAUCUUCUUGUUGUUCAACGAAUUGAAGCCAUUGAUUUUGCGGGGUUGAUUGAUAUACAGAGAGGAAAAGCUAUCAGUAUGGAAUAUUUACCUGAGACUCCAUUUGAACCAUUACGGUUCAGUUGGGGAUAUUUGUCUUUGGGUUGGUAUAUGAGUUUAUUAUAUCAUCGGAUAUAUAAAACAAAUGAAAGAGUUAGAGCACAUGUUAGUAUUCAUAAUAACCGGGUGAUUAAUAAUAUAAGUGCCAGUGUUGGGAAAUUUGCUUCUGGUUGGAUCAGUUUAUUAAAAACAACAAUCAUUGAACCUCUGAGACAAGAAGUGGAAGAAUCGGAAUGGGUAAAGAAUUCGUUAACUAUUGUUAAUCAUUGGGAGAAUACAAAGAUUAAAUUACUAAAAUUUGAUGUCCAAUCUACAGAAAGUUUCUUUACUUCAAGUAUGAAUAGAUUAGGGAGUGCUAUGAUGAGUGGUCAGAGUGCUCCUGGAAGUGUACAUGACAUGACAACUACUUUGAUUAGGAAAUUUAGUGAUUUUAAAGUCAGAAAUAAUUCAAGUCCACAAUUAUCGAUUAACCCUACAUCGCAACCUACCGGGGAUGAUCAGUCAUAUCCUGUGAGGCCAAGGAUAAGAAAUUCAGUUACGAGUUUAUAUUCAUUGAAUAAUCUUAAUCGGACUAGAAGUGGUAGCAUAUCAAGAGAUAUUGGGGUCAAUAGAACCAGAAGUAAUACUUUUCAAUAG